AUGCUUUGGAUACUGCUUUUUCUUAGUUCUGUACCACUUCAUUUGCUUUUCAACUCGGUCAUCUUCUCUCGAGUGCAAGCAAAUGACUACAAAGUCCUUCCAGUGACGCCAGGGUUUUUAAACGGAGACGUCUACAACACAACUGGCUUCAUGGACGUUGAGACCCGUAAGCUUAACAAUCUUGUUAAUGAGUCUUCAGUUCUGCGAGAAAAAUUCAUCGGCUCAAACGCAAGCAAACCCCGCAAUUUGACUACUGAGCAAUGCCUAUCUGCGUACUCCGGUCAGUACAUCUCAAACCUAGGCGAUGUGUUGCUUGUUCAGGACAAUGUCAUCUGGAGAGACCCAUCACACUGGAAGCCUCAGUGGUUUAAACUCAAGCCCAACUCAAAGCAAUUUUACAACUGGACAUCUCUUGGCACUGGCGGGUCAGCGGAGUUGAACUACAAUGACCAAGUGCCGCCUUUCCAAAGUCGCCCGGACGACUAUCCCUCGAGCGGUUGGAGAUGCCCUUCCAGGUCCGUUGCGAAUUGCGACAUUGACAAAGAAGGCGAGAUACCAGACAAAAACUUAUGGGCGCCAUACGGCAGUCCCGUGAAGUACUGCUUGGCGGAGGUCGUUGUUGAGCAGUGCCGACUGCAGUUCAGCCUCAGCAUUGCCAUUGCGGUGAUAGUGUGCAACUUCAUCAAAGCUUCUUGCAUAUUGUUGAUGAUAUGGAAGGCGAGAGAUAAUUACCUGGUCACGAUUGGCGACGCCAUGAGCUCCUUCCUCGAUCACCCUGAUCCCGAAACCAAAGGACGAUGUUUGCACUCGAAGAAACUAAUAGAGAAGGAGUGGGAAUGGAUGUCGUUGCAUGGAUACAGAGAUCCAAAGCAUCUGAAUGUCGAUCCUGAGAGAUACGAACCUGAAAGGCGGAGAUGGGUGCGAGCAGCCAGUAAAACGCGUUGGGCCAUGACGUACAUUCUCUACUUCAUCGCAAUCAUUUGCGCAGCCGUUUUCAUCAAACAAGCCAUGGUCGGCCAACCCACCAAAUUAAAAGCAUUAUGGAAAACCGGCUUUGGCACCUUGAACGGAAACAACCUUCUGCGAACGACCAUGUCCAUAACCGGAGGCAUUAUCGUGGCCAACAUCCCCCAGGCCGUGCUAUCAUACCUGUACCUUUGCUUCAACGCGCUGUACACUUGCAUGCUAGUCGCGCACGAAUGGUCCAGCUACUUCCGCUCCCCGAAAGGAUUGCGCGUGACCUCACCAUCCGGCGACCAGCGCAGCACGUACUGGCUACAACUUCCAUACCGCUACGCACUGCCUCUCACGAUCAUGAGCGGGCUCCUGCACUGGUUGGCUUCUCAAAGCCUGUUCAUGGUCAGCGUCAUCAUCGUCAACGAGGAAAGAAAAACCGAUACAAAACGGAGUAUCACGACUUGCGGGUACUCCCCUGUAGCGAUUAUCUUCACAACAAUCGUCGGGAGUUUAAUUGUCAUUGGUGGUGUGUUGCUGGGGUUUAGAAAGUAUCCGGCUGAAAUGCCGUUGGCGAGUAGCUGUAGUGCUGCUAUCAGUGCCGCCUGUCACCCGCCGAAGGAGGAUGUGGAUGCGGCGGUCUCGCUUGUAAGUUGGGGGGUUGUGAAAAAAGGUGAGGGACGGGAUGGUGUGGGACAUAUCUCAUUUAGCAGUAUGGUGAUUAGUCCUCCUGUCGUAGGGAAGCUGUAUGCUUGA